GAAGUCGGACAGCGCAGGCGCGCGGAGCGGUGUGCUCGGAGUGCGCAGGCGCUGUGCCGCAAAGGUGCCGACGCGCUUCCGUGUUUGCGCGGGAAGAUGGCUGAGCAGGUGCCUAAGUCGGUGCUGUUCGUGUGUCUGGGUAAUAUCUGUCGAUCACCCAUCGCAGAAGCAGUUUUCAGAAAACUUGUAGCUGAUCAAAACGUUUCAGAUAAGUGGAGGAUAGACAGUGCAGCGACCUCCACGUACGAAGUAGGAAACCCUCCCGAUCACCGAGGGCAGGCUUGCAUGAAGAAGCAUGGUGUUCCCAUGAGCCACACUGCCCGGCAGAUUACUAAAGAAGACUUUGCUACAUUUGACUAUAUCCUGUGUAUGGAUGAAAGCAAUCUGAGAGAUUUGACUAGAAAAAGUAAUCAAGUAAAAAACAGCAAAGCUAGAAUCGAACUACUUGGGAGCUACGAUCCUCAGAAGCAGGUCAUCAUUGAAGACCCCUAUUAUGGAAACGAGUCCGACUUUGAGACCGUGUACCAGCAGUGCGUGAGGUGCUGCAGGGCCUUCCUGGAGAAGACCCGCUAGCCGCGUCUGCCCGCUGUGCCCUGCCCCAGCUGUCCCAGCCACAGGUCACAUCCAUGGCCCAUGGCCAUGCUGGAACUUCCGUCCACCUGCUGUUCCGUACCUUAAAAAUGAUUGUAGAUGGAAAUCAGUGGUUGUGUUUGGCUAAAGAACAAAUAAAUAUCUUAGAUUCAGACAGUGUAAGGGCACAUGAAGUAUUCUUAGACCAGAGCCUCCCACUCCGCUCCAGUUACAGACAGAGUCGCAAACCAGCCGCGGAGAACACAGUCUGUCUAAGGCCAGCAUGUGAGACCAAAUCACCUGCUCUGCUCCUCCCUGAGUCUGUGGGCGCCAUGAGGACGAACGCUGUCCCUGGCACUCCCUUCCCUGGGGCCGCAGCCUCACCCACGGGGCCUGCAGCCUGGAUGAGUGUGUUCGUUCACACACAUGCGCACACUCGUGUGUUUAUAGGAAAGAGAAAGAUUUAUGGGAUAAUCUCGAGCACCUUCAAUACUCCUCAUUCCUGCCUAGUCUGUUGCAUGAGGGACACAGUGUGUGCGCUGUGUGAGCCAGUUACACACAGAAAGGACGCUCGUGCAGCUGCACCCUGGUCAGCGUGAGGGAUGCGUCUGCUGAACCCCGACAUUAGAGAGUGGAAGGGUGUUCAGUUGUAAUGCUCACGCUGACGUGGUCUACGUGUCACUGCCAGUGCCUGACCUGUAGGCAGAUGUGGGUGAUGUCUGUGCACUUUCAGAAACUUAAUCUAAAACCCAGCUGAGACUUGAGAAUAAACCGGGAAAUGGAACACGACAGGUGUGAGCCUGCUGUCUCAUUUUUAUUGGCAAGUGAAGAAUUAGAAAGGAU